CGUGCGUUUAUAUAACGGCGAACAUCGAAAGUGCGAUCACUGAAACGUCGACUGUCUCGCUGACAACACGAUUAAUUAUACAACAAAAAAAAUAAAAAUGAAGAUUUGUAUUUUUGUUUUGGCCAUUCUUGCGUGCGCAGCCGCUUAUCCUCAAGGUGAAGGUGAAUCGACAGUGUGUCAAACACACUGCGUCAAAGCUGAAGAAUGUGACAUGGUUGGACCUGGAACUUGCGGAGAUGGCUUAACUUGCUGUCAAAUUGUGACUCGUGAAUUUCGUACAACAUGCAGACAACACGGUGGUGAAUGUAUGAAGGAAUCCUGCGCCGAACACUUACGUGUGGAGCCAAAUCUUGCAGAUUGUAAAUCAGAAGAAACUUGUUGUAUCCUAGUAUAGUAAUAAUUUGAUAACAUUCAAGUAAACGAUGAAAUUUUUUUCAUAAUAAUUUGUAAUAAAAGUACUGUUUAUUUUAUAAAUUCUAAUUAGCAAUAAACUAAAUAAAACAUA